CAUUUUGGAGGUGUAUAAAUCUCCGGGAUCGCAGCUCUCUCGAAACGCACACAAGAACUUGACAUUCGAUGGCCAACAUGUUCUUCAAAGGCCUAGCUUUCAUCGUCCUUUUGCUCGGCCUUCAAUAUGUCGCCAGAGCUUCGGCACAAUCUUCGACUGCAUACUGUGACUCUUCCAGCGGAAUCUGCUACCAAGGCUAUACAGACCCCACUCUCAAUAUCACUAUUGGAGUCGUUCUCCCUCCUCUAACCACUGGAAGUACACCAAAUGCUACGGAGUUCAUUGCAGAACUUAUUGCCCCGGCCAGCUUUGGCUGGACCGGCCUCAGUAUGGGUGGCCAGAUGGCCAACAGUCUUUUAUUCACGAUGUGGCCAAACAACGGCAAAGUGAUGUUUGGCCCCAGGUGGUCGUCUGGUUAUACUCAGCCGACACCUUACGACGGGCCUACGAUCACACUACUACCGGACACGAUGGUCAACAGCACGCACAUCAAGGCCUCUUUCAGAUGCCAGAACUGUACCACGUGGGAAGGAGGCUCGCUCGGAAGUGGUGAUCUUGCUGGAUUCCAGCUGCUCGCAUACGUUGCCAACGAUGACACGCCGGUCACUGAUCCAUCCGACAUUGCAUCGAACUUCACGGAGCAUGAUCAGAUGAACUUCUUCGGCCUUGAGCUCUCAGAUGCGCAUUCGUCGAGUUACUACAGCUACAUCGGUGGAGGAACCACAGCUACGGCGACAUCCACUUCGACGGCUCCAGCAGCUACUCAGACCAAAUACGGUCAAUGCGGAGGAUCGGAUUGGACUGGACCCACCGUCUGUGCUUCGGGCUCGACAUGCGAAGCUGUGAAUACAUACUACUCCCAAUGCUUAUGAUUGAUUGAGUAGAGUUUACAACCGCUAUAACAUGUGAUGAUUGAUGCUGGAUAGCAGGUUCACUUGUUCGCUGUUAUUUUCCCAUCUCCGCUACUGUACUGUCCACGUAGUAUAAUGGCCUACUGUGCCCCACCACUAGUUCGACGGUCCACCACUAGUUCGUCACCCCCCGUUUUUGACCAUUCC